CAGAGGGCGGAGCGCCUGGCCCGGGCCGGCGGGAGCGCUCGAGCCAUGGCGGCGGGACCCAUCUCGGAGCGGAACCAGGAUGCCACCGUGUACGUGGGGGGCCUGGACGAGAAGGUCAGCGAGCCGCUGCUCUGGGAGCUGUUCCUGCAGGCGGGCCCGGUGGUCAACACGCACAUGCCCAAGGACCGCGUGACCGGGCAGCACCAGGGCUACGGCUUCGUGGAGUUCCUGAGCGAGGAGGACGCCGACUACGCCAUCAAGAUCAUGAACAUGAUCAAGCUCUACGGCAAGCCCAUCCGCGUCAACAAGGCCUCGGCGCACAACAAGAACCUGGACGUGGGCGCCAACAUCUUCAUCGGCAACCUGGACCCCGAGAUCGACGAGAAGCUGCUCUACGACACCUUCAGCGCCUUCGGGGUCAUCCUGCAGACGCCCAAGAUCAUGCGCGACCCGGACACGGGCAACUCCAAGGGCUACGCCUUCAUCAACUUCGCCUCCUUCGACGCCUCGGACGCGGCCAUCGAGGCCAUGAACGGCCAGUACCUCUGCAACCGCCCCAUCACCGUGUCCUACGCCUUCAAGAAGGACUCCAAGGGCGAGCGGCACGGCUCGGCGGCCGAGCGCCUGCUGGCCGCCCAGAACCCGCUCUCCCAGGCCGACCGCCCGCACCAGCUCUUCGCCGACGCGCCCCCGCCGCCCUCGGCCCCCAACCCCGUGGUGUCCUCGCUGGGGUCCGGGCUCCCGCCGCCGGGCAUGCCGCCCCCUGGCUCCUUCCCACCCCCGGUGCCGCCUCCCGGAGCACUUCCACCUGGCAUCCCCCCGGCCAUGCCCCCGCCUCCGAUGCCACCUGGGGCCGGAGGACACGGCCCCCCCUCGGCUGGCACCCCCGGGGCCGGGCAUCCCGGACACGGCCACUCGCAUCCGCACCCGUUCCCCCCCGGGGGGAUGCCGCAUCCAGGAAUGUCUCAGAUGCAGCUGGCCCACCAUGGCCCUCAUGGCUUAGGACAUCCGCACCCAGGGCCCCCUGGCUCCGGGGGACAGCCGCCGCCCCGCCCGCCGCCUGGAAUGCCUCAUCCUGGCCCUCCUCCCAUGGGCAUGCCCCCCCGGGGCCCCCCGUUCGGCUCUCCCAUGGGUCAUCCAGGUCCCAUGCCACCACAUGGAAUGCGUGGGCCUCCUCCGCUGAUGCCGCCUCAUGGAUACACGGGCCCUCCGAGACCCCCGCCCUACGGCUACCAGCGGGGCCCUCUGCCGCCACCCAGACCCACUCCCCGUCCCCCUGUGCCCCCUCGUGGCCCGCUUCGAGGCCCUCUCCCUCAGUAAUCUCUCGUUGUUCCUCCCAGUAUCUUUCCAACCCUUUGGACCAAUCAGAGCUGCUGGUGCCCCCUGGGGCUAAGGCACUAAUCCCUCUGAGGUCAUUCUUUUUGGGUUUUAUUUUUAUUU